UGACUUUAUCAGUCCAAGGACAUCAUCCGCCUGGAAAGGGGGGGAAGUUUGAUCCUCUUUCUCACGGAUCGCAGUCAACGGGAGUUUUUUUUUUUCUCCCAACUCUUUACGCAUAGGAUUUUUCCCCGCUUUGGCUUGGUAUCUUUUUAUUUUAGGAUUUUCUUGCGCACAACGUGGUAAAUCUCGGCGCGGUGACUGCAGCUUGCGCGCUCCGCUAAACUGGAUUUUAAUUUUCUUUUCUGUUUUCACCCCGUCUCCUAAGUUUACUACAAGCUCAUGACUAUGCUGCUUGAUAGCGGUCCGCAGUUUGCAUCGUUAGGAGUGGGGGGAUUCGGGGCACCGCGGCAUCACGACAUAGGGAACAGAGACCCGAGUCUGGGACUGAAUCCCUUCACCGAUUCUUCCCACUCCGCAGCUUUCAAAAUCAGCCCCGUGGCUCACGAUAUCGCCUCCAGCCAGACGUCAGCUUUCACCCCGCAAGCCACUGGAUAUGCAGCUGCCCUGGGACACUCUCACAGCGGGCAGGUGGGCUCGUACGGCGGGGGAGCGUUCAAUUCAACACGGGACUUUCUCUUUCGGAACCGGGGAAUGGGAGAGUCCACAGCACCCAGCGCCCAACAUGGGAUCUUUGCAACUUCGGCCGGGAGCCUCCACGGGCCACCCGGGAUCACCGAUAACCCCGGACAUCUGUUGUUUCCCGGACUUCACGACCAAGGGGUGAGCCACGCUUCACCGAGCGGACAUGUGGUUAACAGCCAAAUGCAUCUUGGCUUACGCGGGGACAUUUUCGGAAGACCUGAUCCGUACCGUCCGGUCGCGAGCCCUCGGACGGACCCCUACGGAGCUCAGCUGCACAACUACAGCCACCCUAUCAACAUGAACAUGGGGAUGAAUGUGCCGACACACCACGGUCCGGGGGCCUUCUUUAGAUACAUGAGGCAACCGAUUAAACAAGAAUUAUCCUGCAAAUGGAUAGAUGAGAACCAGAUGAGCAGACCCAAAAAGACUUGCGACAGGACGUUCAGCACCAUGCACGAGAUGGUCACUCAUGUGUCCAUGGAGCACGUCGGCGGCCCCGAGCAGAGCAACCACAUCUGCUUCUGGGAGGACUGCCCGAGAGAAGGGAAAUCUUUUAAGGCCAAGUACAAACUCGUCAACCACAUUCGAGUGCACACGGGCGAGAAACCGUUUCCAUGCCCGUUCCCCGGAUGUGGGAAAAUAUUCGCCAGAUCGGAAAAUUUGAAAAUCCACAAAAGAACACAUACAGGUGAGAAGCCGUUUAAGUGUGAAUUUGAUGGCUGUGACAGACGCUUCGCCAACAGCAGCGACAGGAAAAAGCACAUGCACGUGCACACAUCAGACAAGCCAUACAUCUGCAAAGUGUGCGACAAGUCCUACACACACCCCAGCUCUCUCAGGAAACACAUGAAGGUACAUGAGUCUCAAGGAUCUGAAUCGUCCCCAGCAGCAAGCUCUGGAUACGAGUCGUCCACCCCGCCUGUACUGGUGUCAGCCAGCACCGAAGACCCGACAAAAACACCGCCGUUAGCCGUUCAAAACACGUCUGGCCACAGUGAAGGACUGGCACCCAACUUUAAUGAAUGGUACGUCUGAAGUCAGCAGAAGAACAAACCCUCUCUUAAUGUGGACCAAGAGGUUGAGGAUAAAAACCUUAAAAACUAUCCCUGUUCACAAACACACAGACAUUCAACCACACACACA